GUUAAAAGUUUUAGGGUUUAUCUCAUUGGCGAGGGCGGCGGCGUGACGCGAUCUCCUUGGCGCCAUGGGGAAGAAGCCGAAUCCGCGAGUGUUCUUCGAUAUUACCAUCGCUGAUGAUCCCGCCGGAAGGGUUGUGAUGGAGCUCUUCGCCGAUAAGGUUCCUCGCACCGCGGAAAACUUCCGCGCUCUGUGCACGGGCGAGAUAGGCAAAGGCAAAGAAACUGGACAGCGACUACAUUACAAAGGCUCUAUCUUUCACAGAGUUAUCAAAGGUUUCAUGGCUCAGGGCGGGGAUUUUACCAAGGGCGAUGGAACUGGUGGAGAAAGUAUUUACGGUGGCAGAUUCAAUGACGAGUCCUUCGUUUGCACUCAUGACACGCCUGGAGUUUUAUCCAUGGCGAAUGCCGGGCCAAAUACCAACAAGUCACAGUUCUUCCUCACAUUUGCACCUGCGCCACAUCUUAACGGGAAGCAUGUGGUAUUCGGCCGUGUCGUAGAGGGUCUCGAAGUGCUCAGAAAAAUUGAGUUACAGCCUGUUAAGCCGGUGUCGAACAGACCUUUUGAUACGAUCAAGAUUGUUGAUUGUGGGGAAGUCUCUGAGAACAAAGUUGCAGCAAAAGAGAACGAGAAAGCCAGCAAGAAGCAUAAAAAGGUCAACGAAUACUCAUCCAGCGACGAAAGUGAGGACGACAGAAGAUCGAGGAGAAGGCGCCGGAAAACUUCAGACAAGAAGAAGAGGAAAAACCAUCGGUAUUCCGACACAGAUUCGGAGAGCGAAUCUGAGCUCUCUCCGUCGUCGUCAGACACAUCCAGUGAGGAGGAAAGGCGCAGAAGGCGAAGGCGUUCAAAAAAGGAGAAAUCGAAGAAAAGAAAGGAAAAGCGGAAACACAAAGAUAGAAAACGCCGAAAACCCAAUAGGUCGGACAGUGAAGCAGGAAGCAGUGCAGAAUCGGAGAGUGACGCGGAAAAGGAGCGGGAUAAGAGAGGAAAAGCCAGCAAAGAGCGUCAGGAUGUGAUCAGUGUUCGUGCCGAGGAGAACAAGGCCGGUCGAGCAGAGGCGCCACCUCCAAAGUCAUCAAGGAGUCAAAGUGCUAGUCCCGUCCAUCACAAGGGGGCAGUCGCGAGGCGGAGCCGCAGUCCGAGCAAAUCCCGAAGCCGAAGCCCUGCAAAGCGAGCCGCUCGAAGUGUGACACCCCCGCGGUACAUAAGUCCGAGUCCAACACCUUCACCUCAUCAAGGUGCAACACCUCGCCGUCAUCGGAGUCCUCCAUCACCUCCACGACGUAGGAGUCCUGCGCCAAAGCGUCAGACUCCACCACCUUCGCCGCGCCGCCGGAGCCCAUCUCCUCCACGCCGCCGAAGCCCGACAGCUCCACGCCGUGCUAGUCCCGAUCGAGAAGGCAGAAUCCGUCGAGGUAGAGGAUUUAGUCAGGCUUACUCCUACGCUCGGCGCUACCGCACGCCAUCACCGGACAGGUCUCGUGGAUACAAUGGGGGCGGAAGAAGCAACAGCAGGAACUACAGGCACUAUUCUCCAGCCCGAAGGCCCAGAAGUCCUCCAAGAAGGUACCGGAGAAGCUCUAGCCGCAGUCGCAGCCGCAGUCCAGAGGAUCUUCGCCAUCGACUUGGCCCUCGAAGAAAUGGAUCCCAGCUUCCCAGGAGGCCGACUCGGAGUAGAUCUCGGACGCCGCCGCCACGCUCGCGAAGCUCCCGGUCGCCAGCACCACGCUCGCGGAGGUCGCGGUCGCCAGCACAGCCUCACCCGCGGAGCCUAGUAUCGUACGGUGAUACCAGUCCGUAGGAAAACUUCUUUUCUUGUGAAUCUUGUGUUCUUUGUUUUGUGAAGCGAAAAUGUAGUUGCUAAGCUUGGAUAUUUUAAAAUAUUUUACCAUCUAAUGGUCGUUAUUCAUUUAAA